GAGCGGUCGAAAAUGGAACGAUGAAGACGGGACCGCCGCGCGUCCACGUGGCUCAUGCCAUCGUUGUCCCAAUGGACUUCUUGUGGAGCUUCCACGCUCAAGGACUAGUUGACGAGGAUGGAGGCAUGCGAUGCCGGCAUUCCGUUGAAAAAGUGUUGCACAUGGUCGGGAUGCCACGUGGGUGAUGUAUUGCCAAUCGAACGCCACUUUUGAAUUUCUUGAUCCAGGGCCAUGCAGCUGUUGUGCUGGGUUGCGGCGAUCUGCAUGGCUGGGAUGGCUGAUGCGUGGGUGAAGCGGCGGUGGGAUCACUCACGGUCGUUCAAGAAGUUGGGCCUCACCGAUCUGACAUGCCCAUCUCAUGACAUUGCCGAUCCAGCAUCGUCGUCGCCCUUGCCGGCAUCGUGUUGUCUAUGUCAAACAUUCAUGCGACGCAUUGAGAUGAACUUGAAUGCAACAGAGAAUGAUCACGAGAUGGACGUGGUCUUCCGCAUCAGCGAAGAGAAGAAACAGAUCCCGUACUCUCGCAGCGAAGGCCGCAUUCUGGAAGUCCUCGAAUCUGUCUGCAAGGAAGUGUCUUUGCCCGACCCCCACGCAUCUCCCAAGGUCAAUGUCGCUGUCAAGAACGCGUGCCAAGGGUUUGUGGACGAGUUCGCCGACGACCUCAUUGGUCUCUACUACAACAACCUCGCUCCCCAGCAGACCGCCAUGUGCGUGGAUCGCCUUCAACUCUGUGCCGCCGGCAGCGGCAACGACGAGCUCUAGCGGCUCUGUAGCGUUGGCAACGAGAACCACACAUGUCGAAAUUUGGGGAUAGUCAAGUCCAAUUUUAUCGAUUGUAACACAAAGCGACAGAGGCCAUCAGGGCGGCGCGACCGCGACGAGCUUGAUGACGCCUUGCCGAUCCUUGUUCUUCUC